AUGACUUUGCUGAGCUGUAUCAUCAUUCAGCUUCUCUGGGCUUUCUGUGCUAAGGGACAAGAAAUUACUUGUGAUCCUCUAGCAGUGACUAAUGGAACCUUCCAGCCCCAAAAGAGAGUGUUCAGAGAAGAGGAUGUAAUCAGAAUAGACUGUAAUCGUGGAUUUCACUUUGACACAGACAACAGGGAAAAGACAGCAGAAUGUACAAAGAAUGGCUGGUUACCUAUUCCAAGAUGUAUCUUGAAACUCUGUGACUACCCACAUAUAGAAAAUGGCAGAUUAACUGGCUAUUACAAAAACCACAGAGAAAAAGAUUUUCCAGUACGUUUAGGGGUGACAAUUUUCUACAGAUGUCUUGAUGGUUAUGUAUCUAAGAGUGAGAGCACCUGGAAUCUAAUCAGAUGUACUGCAGAAGGCUGGGACCCAAUGCCAAAAUGUCUUAAAAAGUGUUCUCCCAUUUGGUUGGCAAAUGGUAAAUUCCUAAUUCUAUGGCAGAAAUACUACAAAGAAGGUGAUGACAUUUCGUAUGUGUGUGAUCAUGAAUAUAUCCCUGAAAAUCAGCAAGCAAAAGUUACAUGCACAAAGAAUAACUGGACACCUACUCCAAGAUGUAUCUUUAACAAAAUAUGUGGAAGGACAGAGGUACCUCAUGGUUAUUUCUAUGAAACAAAGAACAGGUUUGGUUUAAAUGAAAAAGCAACAUAUAGGUGUCAGAUUGAUUACAUGACUCCAGAAGGAAAUGAGACAGGGGAGAUACAAUGUCUUGAAGAAGGAUGGAGUCCUUUUCCAGAAUGCAUUAAGACCUGUAGAAUGCCUGCUUUUGAGCAUAUUCGUUUCUACACCAGUAAAAUGGUGUUUUUGCCUGAAGACAUACUGGAAUAUGAAUGUGCAGAUGGAUACCAAACUGUAAAUAAAAUCUCAAGGGGUCACACAAUAUGUAGCAUAAAUGGAUGGACUCCAGAGCCCCAAUAUUUUGCAAUAGAAUGUGAGAUGCUGAUGCUGCCCCAUGGAGAGGUUUUCCCCAAGGAGGACAAAUAUCUUAAUGGAGACGUUGUGACAUUUUCCUGUGCAAAAUGUUACACCAGAGUAGGACCUGACUCUGCUCAGUGCUAUUACUUUGGAUGGUCCCCAGCACCUCCGACAUGUAAAGUGGAAAUCAAAGCUUGUGGGCCACCAUCCAGCAUUACGAAUGGGAAUAUUAUCAGUGAACUUCACGAGAAAUAUCAGCAUGGUGACUCAGUGGAAUAUGACUGCAACCUCAGAUUUAAAAUGAUCGGAUCAAAGAGUAUAGAAUGUGUUGAUGGAGAAUGGUCAUCUUCACCCUUUUGCAUUGAAGAGGAAAAAACGUGUGUACCACCCCCCAAUAUUGUCAGAGGGAGUGCCUUCAGUGUAAACCAGAACCGAUAUUUUCAUGGUGAUGCUGUGGAGUAUGGCUGUGAAGGAAACCUUGAAAUUGUUGGGACAAAUAUCAUAAAAUGUCUUAGUGGAGAAUGGACAUCGUUACCUUCAUGUGCUGAUCCAUCUGUGAAAUGUGCACUUCCAAGGAAUCUUGAGAAUAUCAGAUUUUUAUCGGUUUACAAUUUUCAAAAGAGUUUCUAUCACAAAGAUGUUGUAAAAUACAGAUGUAAUUCAGAUGUCAAGAAACUUAAACAAACAGUCUGUGAAUAUGGGAAAUGGUCACCCAAGCCAGAAUGCAUUGGUAAAAAAUGCACACCUCCCCCUCAGCUACCAGGAGCCUCCAAGAUAACAGAGAAAAGAAGCUAUGAGACUGGUGAAAAAAUAGAUUUUACGUGUCUGGAAAAUUUCAAGCUUCAUGGAGUGAAAGAAAUAAUGUGUGAAGGUGGGAAGUGGCAGUCACCACCACACUGUGUUGAAGAAAAAUCAUGUUUGCAACCAUAUCCCAUAGAAAUUGGUGAGAUUUUAAGUCUAGAAAAUCGAAGCUUAAGAAUGGAGAAACCGGGACCAGUGACUUAUCCGAAUGGUGCGACAUUAAAGUACAGCUGUAAUGCGGGCUUCAUGUUAAGAGGCCCAUCAGAGAUAACUUGUAAUAUCGAAAAAUGGACCUCUCCGCCUGCCUGUAUUGAAAUGCCAUGCAGAGAUGCACCUGAUGUUCCCCAUGCUCAUGCUGAAGGUAUCAUAAAGACUAAUUAUGAACCUGAUGAAACAGUGCGUUAUCAGUGCCACCCAGGUUUUAUUGCUGUUGGAUCACAGGAGGUAACAUGUAAAAGAGGGCAAUGGACCCAGCUACCGGAAUGCCAAGAUGCAACAUGUUGAGAUCCACCUGCAGUUGCCAAUGCUGAGAUCAUAGACCGUAGAGACAGAAGAUAUUGGCCUGCUGAAAGAGUGCAGUAUCAGUGUCAUGAAGGUUUUGAAAGUCAUGGACCAAAUGAUGUCACCUGUAUAAAUAGGGAAUGGUCACAACCUCCAACUUGCGAAGAUAUGAUGUGUGGACCUCCACUUGCACUUACUAAUGGUCAGAUUCUAGGGUAUGGAAACCAAAGGUAUUUGCCUGGUGAGAGAGUGCGCUAUCGAUGUCAACAAGGGCUGAGCCUCAUUGGGUCACAGACAGUGACAUGUCAGAAGAAAAAAUGGUCAGAAUCACCAGAGUGCAGAGAGGCUGCUAGAAAGUGUGGGCACCCACCUGCUAUUGAUAAUGGAGACGUCAUGGCCUUCCUACAGAAAGAAUAUGACUCAGGUUCAAGAGUGGAAUACAAGUGCCAAAGUUUUCAUAGAAUGAAGGGAUCUGCCUUUGUUAGCUGUGAGUCUGGCCAAUGGACAGACCCACCAGUUUGCUUAGAGCCAUGUACAACAUCCCCAGAAGAUAUGGAGAAAAACAAUAUUGGGCUGAAAUGGAGCUCGAAAACAAGAUUGUAUUUAGAAAGUGGAAACUUUGUUGAAUUUGACUGUAAAAAUGGAUAUGUGAAGGAUCCAACAUCUUCUGAAUUUAGAGUACAGUGUGUGGAGGGGAAAUUGGCAUAUCCUAAAUGUAAGAGAAAAGAGUUAUGUAUAACAUUCCCAGAAGAUAUGGAGAAAAACAAUAUUGGGCUGAAAUGGAGCUCGAAAACAAGACUGAAUUUAGAAAGUGGAGACUUUGUUGAAUUUGACUGUAAAAAUGGAUAUGUGAGAGAUCCAACAUCUUCUGAAUUUAGAGUACAGUGUGUGGAGGGGGAAUUGGCAUAUCCUAAGUGUAAGAAAAGAGAACCAUGUACAACAUCCCUAGAAGAUAUGGAGAAAAACAAUAUUGGGCUGAAAUGGAGCUUGAAAACAAGGCUUAAUUUAGAAAGUGGAAACUUUGUUGAAUUUGACUGUAAAAAUGGAUAUGUGAGGGAUCCAACAUCUUCUGCAUUUAGAGUACAGUGUGUGGAGGGAAAAUUGGCAUAUCCUAAAUGUAAGAGAAGAGUUAUCCUGUCUUCUGCUAUAGAAGAGGUGUAA